CAGCCACGCCCAGCCAGCCCGUCCCACUCCCAGACGAGUGUAAAUCAGACUACGCACUGACUUCCCCGAGUGAACACCACGUCAUCCAAGCCGAUCUUCCUGGCUUCCUCGUCUGGUUCAGAGCGCUCGAUCUCGACACGAACGUCACCUUUGAGACUAACGCUUCAAAGGGCGUAGUCCGGUUGCUCGACGACCAGUGGUACGCGAUGGGUGUUGAGGAGUGCGGGGGCGAGGAGCAGCAGGAAGUUGUCCUUAAUAUACCGGGAUUAAGGUACAAGACAGUGUUAUAUUCCCCUACGAUAAAGACCAGCAGUGACGGGCGUGUGAUGUGGGUCAAUUGUAAUAUGACCCUUAGCGACAGUCCUAAUGGCUUAAAAGAUUCGCGCCGCUGGUGGAUCCUCAGUCUCGCGGUGAGUCUUCUGAGCGUGACAGUGAUUGGGUACUUUGCGUGGCUGGUCGUCAGGCACCAUCGCGGCGGACAGGGAAAACGAGUCUUCAGCUUGGCCUACAGUCAGCUACAGGGCGAGGCGGAGGUGGAUUGAUCUGAAGUCGUCAGCUGAUCGACGUCAAAAGAGAAUCUGAAGUUAAAGAAAAUAUAAGUAAAAGAAUUAAAACUAUGGAGUAUUGUGUGAUGAUUAUUCUUGUGAAAAAUUGAUGGAAUAUUUCCUAAUGGUUAUUA